AUGCUGCCGUACCUUUUUCCUGACCUUGCCGCCUUUGCCACAGUUGCUGACCUAGUUGCUCACCUCCGCACUAGUGACGCUCGCUACCGCGCUGCCCUUCCCACUGAGUUCCUUCCUACGAACUCCCCCCCCAUGUACAUCACCCUUUACUACCUAGUCACCCGCCUCCCUGACUCUCUCUCCUCAGUCAGGGAUCACUUUCUCUCCCUUUGCCCCACCGAGCUGACUGUCGACUUGCUAGAGGAGCGCCUUACUGCAGCUGAGAAGAGUAUCUUAGCUGUCGGUGCUUCUCGCGGCGACCGUCGCACCCCCUUCUUUGAGGGGUGUUCCCCUGUCCCCCUUCUCCCCUCUGUUGCCUCUGCUGCUGCUGUCGACCUCGUUGGCACUGAGGAGGUCGGCGCUGCGUCUGCCCCUAGUGGGCGACGCCGCACUGGCAAGGGCAAGGGAAGCAGGGGUGGUGGAGGGGGCGGUGGAGGCAGCGGUGGGGGAGGUGGAGGAGGUGGAGGUGGUGGUGGGGGUGGUUCCGGGAGUGGGGGCGUCGGUGGCGGCAGUGGAGGCCGUGGCGGCGGUGGCGGAGGAGGUGGCGGCGGCGGCAGCGGUGGUGGAGGCAGCGGAGGAGGUGGUGCUGGUCGCGGUGCAGCCACGCAGCGUGGAGGCCUUGGUCCCUGCACAUACGUUCUUCGCACCGGCACUCGUAGUGGGGAGGUGUGUGGUCUCCCACACACCACGCAGCGCUGCUUCGGCCGCUUGACUGACGCGUGGCGUACCCAGUUUCCUGACGCUGUUGAGCUUCCUCGUUGGCAUGAUCUGCUUCUGCAGAAUGUGCCUAUCUUUGAUCUAGACUUUGAUGCUAUCCUUGCUGCCAUGUAUGCUCUUGCUGAUAUUACUGAGGGUGACUGUUACCUGCGUGUCCCGCCCGACCCGGGCACUGUGGCUGCUGCUCUAGGUGCUAGUGCGGCUGCUGCUCUAGGUGCUAGUGCGUCUGCUGCUCCAGGUGCUGGAACGUCUCCUCUCUCUGGUACUGCACCUACUGAGUCCUUUCACACUUUCACACUUGACUCUGGUGCUUCGCGCUCUUUCUUUAGAGACAGCACCACGCUCACGCCGCUCAGUCGGCCUGUUGCGGUCUCCCUUGCUGACCCCUCAGGGGGCCCAGUACUUGCACACUCCUCCACUGUCCUACCGUGUCCUGCGGCCCCGUCGGGCUUGCUGUCGGGACUCCACCUCCCCUCGUUCUCUACGAACCUGGUGAGUGGAGCUGACCUCCAGGACGCGUGGGUUGACCAGUUCACCCCUGGAGGUCUAGUCCUUCGUCUGCCCCCUGCUCGUGUCGUCCUUUGGCACACGAGACUCUCCUUUGGCACCACCGCCUUGGUCACCCCUCCCUGCCUCGUCUUCGAGGGCCGACAGCGCGCCGCCCCUCACUCCUCGUUUCCUCCGACUGAGGCUCCUCUGCAGACUCUUCACAUGGACGUGUGGGGCCCAGCCCGCGUCCGUGGACAGGGUCACGAGCGCUACUUCCUCCUGGUCGUUGACGACUACUCGCGUUACACCACACUCUUCCCCUUGCGCAGCAAGGGUGAGGUCCCUAAGGUGUUGAUCGACUGGAUCCGUAGUGCUCGUCGCCAGCUCAGUGAGAGUUUCGGCUCAGACCUUCCUGUUCUGCGUCUGCACUCGGACAGAGGCGGGGAGUUUUCCUCCGACCUCCUGAGAGCCUUCUGUCGUUCGGAGGGCAUCCGCCAGACGUUCACGCUUCCGGCCUCCCCGCAGCAAAAUGGGAUUGCUGAGCGCCACAUUGGCAUGGUCAUGGACGUCGCUCGUACGUCCAUGAUCCAUGCGGCUGCUCCCCAUUUUCUGUGGCCGUUCGCGGUUCAGUACGCGGCACAUCAGAUCAACCUUCAGCCUCGUGUCUCCUUGCCGGAGACCACACCUACUCUGCGGUGGACGGGGAAGGUUGGCGAUGCGUCCGCAUUCCGUGUCUGGGGAUCUCGAGCUUUUGUCCGCGAUACUACCGCGGACAAGCUGUCCUCCCGUGCCGUUCCUUGUGUCUUCCUUGGCUUCCCUCCUGACGCACCCGGGUGGCAGUUCUACCACCCCACCUCGCGUUGUGUUCUGUCCUCUCAGGACGUCACGUUCGACGAGUCGGUGUCGUACUACCGUCUCUUUCCCUACCGCACUGCCUCUCCCCCCCCCCCCCCCCGCCGCUCUUCCUCGCACCAGGUAGACCCUACCGAGCCGGUCGAGGUAGAUGUCGACUCAGGUGCUGCUAGGGGUGCUUACCCUGCGGGUGCGGGGACUGGGGGUGCUGAGACUGGGGGUGCUGAGUCUGGGGGUGCUGAGCCUGGGGGUGCUGAGUCUGGGGGUACUGAGACUGGGCGUGCUGAGCCUGGGGGUGUGGCGCCUGAGGGUACUGCGUCUGGAGGUGCUGAGCCUGCGCGUGCUGGGUCUGGAGGUGCUCUAGGUGUCCCGUCGCGGCGGGAGCCCCUCUCUCCACAGCGGCUUCGUGAGUGGUACUCUCGGCGCUGUCGAGGUGCUGCUGGUGCUGGAGCUGCUGGAGGUGCUACUGGAGCUACUGGAGGUGCUGGCGCUGCUGGUGGUGGUGCUGGUGCUGGAGCUACUGGAGGUGCUGCUGGUGCUGGAGCUGCUGGAGGUGCUGGAGGUGCUGCUGGCGCUGCUGGAGGUGCUGGAGGUGCUACUGGAGCUACUGGAGGUGGUGGCGCUGCUGGAGGUGGUGCUGGUGCUGGAGCUGCUGGAGGUGCUGCUGGUGCUGGAGACCCUAGGGCUGAUGGUACCGGUUCUGUCUCUGCUGUUUUUGGAGUCGCUGCGCGGCCGCGGCCGUACUACGUUCCGCUCCUUCAGCAGUCGCAAUUGCAGCCGGCCUCUCCCCUGCCUGGUCCUUCUCCUUACUCUGGUCUGACUAGAGGUCUUACGGAGCGUCGUGAGCCUGAGUCUCGUCUUGUGUCGCCUGCGUCUCGUUCUGCAUCGCCUGUCCGCACUGUUCGCGCUGGUCGUGUUUCACGUCCGUGUCUUCCCCCUGUUCCAGGCACUCACUCUAUGACACUGCGUCCUUCUACUGCUUCACAGCGUGUCCCUCUGCCCUCUCCUCCUGCGUCCUCUCUUCCUGACGGUCCGGACCCGGAGUCUGACUCCCUUCGUGCUGCUAGUCCUACUGUCACGCGCUUUCUGGCCACUGCUGUCACUGACCCUCUGUUUGAGUCCUCUGCUGCGUCUGCUCUUGUUGCUGAGCUUGUUGACUUUGCUGCAGCCUGUCGCCUAGACUACGCCACUAGUCUUGUUGCUGAGUCUGCGUCUGCGUCUGUCUGUCCUCCGUCCGUCGGGGGUGAGUGUGCUCUUGGCACGGACGUCCUUGAGGACAGGCAGGAGGACCUUGAGUGCUUUGCUGCUGCUUCACCUCAUCUCGUGUCCAUGCUGCUUGCCCCUGAGGGAGACCCGGAUGCACUAGACAUCCCGACCCCGCGCUCUUACGUAGAGGCGAUAGAGGGUCCCUACUCCUCUCAGUGGCAGGCAGCCAUGGACGCAGAGAUGGCUUCCUGGAAGUCCACAGGCACCUACGUCGACGAGGUUCCCCCACCUGGGGCGAACAUCGUCAGUGGCAUGUGGAUUUUCAGGGUGAAGCGGCCGCCGGGUUCUCCGCCUGUCUUCAAGGCGCGUUACGUGGCUCGAGGCUUUAGUCAGCGGCAGGGAGUUGACUACUUUCAGACCUUCUCCCCGACCCCGAAGAUGACCACUCUUCGGGUACUGCUGCACGUUGCUGCUCAGCGUGACUACGAGCUCCACUCGCUUGACUUCAGCAUAGCCUUCCUACAGGGCAGCCUGCACGAGGAGAUCUGGCUGCGCCGCCCACCUAGCUUCACUGGGUCGUUUCCUGCUGGUACCCAGUGGAGCCUCCGGCGGCCAGUCUACGGUCUCCGCCAGGCGCCCCGUGAGUGGCACGACACGCUCAGGACGACUCUUGCUGCUCUUGGUUUUGCUCCUUCCACUGCUGACCCUUCUCUGUUUUUACGCACUGACGCUACUCUGCCGCCGUUCUACGUUCUUGUGUACGUAGACGACCUUGUCUUUGCUACUGCUGACACGGAGGCACUCGCCCACGUGAAGUCCGAGCUGCAGAAGAGACACACUUGCACAGACCUGGGUGAGCUGACAAGCUAUCUUGGCUUGCGGAUCACCCGGGACAGAGCACAGCGCACCAUUACCUUGACUCAGUCACACAUGGUGCAGCAGGUCCUUCAGCGCUUCGGCUUCACCUACUCCUCACCACAGUCCACUCCUCUGCCUACCGGUCACUCGCUCUCAGCUCCACCUUCGGACGAGUCCGUAGAGCCGAGUGGCCCGUAUCUAGAGCUUGUGGGCUGCCUCAUGUACCUGAUGACUUGCACACGACCUGACCUCGCAUACCCUCUCAGCCUUCUGGCUCGCUACGUGGCUCCCGGCAGGCACCGAAAGGUGCACUGGGAUGCUGCGAAGAGGGUGUUGCGAUACUUGUGCAGUACAUCGGGCAUGGGGCUCGUGCUUGGAGGAUGGGCUCGAGUUGUCCUCACUGGUCACGCUGACGCCUCCUGGGUUGACGACUUGGCUACGCAGCGGUCGUCACAGGGUUACACCUUCAGCCUUGGCUCCGGUUCUGUCUCCUGGCGGUCUACCCGCUCUUCUUCUGUUCUCAGCUCCAGUUGUGAGGCUGAGAUCUACGCUGGGGCGUAG